AUGUUCACUGUCUUCGGCAACCAUACCGACCUCGUGUCAUGGACCGCAGAACCCCAUCGAAGAGGAUCUUUCGGGAUCUUGUCUUCUUGCAUCAUCACCAUCUCUCUGUGCGUAUGGACAGCUCUUCAUCUCAACGUUCCUCACUACUCGGACGCAAAACGCCACUGGUUCACCAAACGACUCAUGUGGCGCAAAGUAGGCUGGCUUUGUCUAGGACUACUGGCGCCAGAGAUGGUCGCUUACAGUGCUUGGGAUCAAUAUCGUCGAUCCAAAAGUCAUGCGAAAGCGAUGAGCACAAUAGAUGCUACACGAAAAUGGAGCAUGGUGCACGCAUUCUACGCUGUCAUGGGAGGCUUCGUCGUGGACUUGGACGAGGAGGCUCUGCUGUACCCUAGGCACAUCGGGCGCCGAAGAUUGACCCUGACACCUGCUGGUGUUGAAUACUUCGCCAGACAUCAUUCGGGCCUACUUCCACAGCUCAGAGAGGAAGAGAUAAGGGACAAGAGCAAAGCGAACGCUUUGGCAAAAUUUCUAGUCUGUGUACAAGCAGGAUGGUUUAUCUGCCAGUGCAUUACACGGAUGGCCCUGUCACUUCCGAUCACACUGCUAGAGUUGAACACCCUCGGUCACUCUGUAUGCGCUUUGAUUGUCUACAUGUUCUGGUGGAACAAACCGCUAGACAUCGAGCAACCAACACCCGUCCUGACCUUGGGCAUACAGGAUACAAUCGCCUUCCUCUGCAUGAAAUCAAAAGAUCUUCGACCUCUAUAUCGACCAAAUAGAUCUAACAAGGCGGAGACAUACUAUCUGAAGUCCGUGAUAGUCUCUACAGAACCCUCGUCAGACCCAGCAGAUGGAAAAGAUUCGAAUAACCAAAAGGCUCCGGACACCGAACCGAAGAACGUCAACAAGUUCGAGAGGACAGCCCUUUCUCACACUCUUGAGCAAAUACUCGAACUCGUCCCCAACUUUCGAACAAAAAACUCUCGUACCGAUCCUGAAUCGAGUCCGAGCACAAGAGCAAAGGUUGAAUUGGUGAAGGAUGAGAUACACGUCGAGACUUCCAUUCAGAAUCUACACGAGACCAUUACUCUAUAUGGAGAAGAUAUCCGACGAUGGACGCUGGCCGCGGACUUGCUGAGAACAUUUCAGCUUGGUAACGACGAGAAGCCCGAGAACACCAUAGUCCGACGCAGUCGCAACUGGCCAACCAUAGACCUACGCCCUGGCGACUUCGACUGGAAGUUGUUGAUCGCUCUCAACGCCUCGAGCGUCUUGUACGGUGGCCUGCAUGCUCUCGCAUGGAACGCAGACUUUAUCAAUCGCGCGCAACAACAUAUGUGGCGGUUAGCCUCGUCUUUCGUCAUCUGCUUCAUACCGUUGUCCACGUGUGUACUUUUGAUUGAAGAUCUCCUGACCGUUGGAGGAGAAUACAAGUUCCAGGUCAUGACCAGGGUUAAUAAGUUCAUGUAUCGCUAUCAGCUCUGGCAGAUGUUCCUGGCGUCGGGUCUGGGAGCUUACAUGUGGGCAAGAGUGUAUUUGGUGGUAGAGAGUUUCAUCAGUUUGGGCCACUCUCCAGCUGGAGUUUACGAUCUGCCUGUUUGGAGUUCUUAUGUGCCACACAUUACUUAA